GAUACUGAUGAAAUUCACUGUCUCUACUGUUUACGCUCUGUCGAAAUUCCAAUACAAGCGACCGAUGGGGAAGUCGUCUUGCAACUUGUAGAGGCGUUAUUGCUUUUACGGAAUAUUACAAUUGUUAACGUCUCUUUGUUAUUGAAUGCGCCAGAAGCUAGAUCGGAACGACUUAAGCGAAAAAGCACAACAGUAUCUUCUGAUCAAGAAUAG